AUGACGGUGCAAGCGCAGCCUAAAUCGAGUAUAUCGUACGACUCGACUGUGUACGGCACAGCUCCAGGCUUGGAUAUCAAAGCUUUCCGGAUCGUUGAGGAUUGGAAUGGCAGGCCCGCUAGCGCUUGGUCAGUACAAAGGAUAGGGCGUUUGCAGUCCAAGAUCGAAAAGCACACGUACAACAUAUAUCACAAUAAUAGAUAUGGGAAGCACAACUUAUCAAAGCUAAUACCGGGCCACGUUCUCAUUCAGUUCGCUAAUGAAACGUUUGGGUAUGACGGUUGGAAAAUGGACGUUAUAGAUGUUGAGGCUCGUGAGUGUCAACUCUUUACCGCGGUGAACAACGACGACAACACUGAUACAGAUGAUGUCAAGUAUACAGUGGUGGCUGAAGCUCAGGUAAAGGUUACUCUAAAGGACGGCACCAACACGCAGUGCGGUGGCUUAGGUAGAAUCACUCUGCCCUCGAAGGGCGAGUGCUAUAACAGAUCCAGAAAAGAAGCUGUUGGCGAUGCCUUAAAGAAGGCAUUACUGAGUUUUGAAAAAAUUAUCCUCGAUUAUGAGACUAAGAUUACAAAUAACUACUACGUUGAUGGAUUGUAUGGUUCAAAAAAAAAGGAAACCAAGAACGCUUUCAAUUUACAGCCAAUGCCUAAUGGUAAGUCGACUUUUAUCAAAUUGGAGGAUACUAAAGAUACAAAUAUCAAAUAG